CGAGCCUCACGGAGCGUCGCGGCAGGCAGAGACGGAGACGGCCAUCCGAUCGAUGCAACAUGGUGGAGGAACCGGGCGAGUUGAACCCGGUCGCGCGCGGGCUGCCGUCACAUCGCGUACGUACAUACAUACAGCUGCUGUAGACGGUUCAGGACACUAUAUAUAUAUGUGCAAUGCCGAUCUGCUCGCCCGGCUCGCCUGGCUUCCCCUGUCCUCGUCGCCUCUCGUCAGUUCAUAGUCCACCGCAGCCAUGGUCCGCCAACAGGCCACCUCCCUCCUGGCGCUCGCCUUCCUCUCCGUCGCGUCCGCCCAAGUCUCCAAUGACUUUGAGAGCGGAUGGGACCAGACGGCAUGGCCCACCUACGCGCCUGACUGCAACCAGGGGGGCAAGGUGACGCUGGACAGCACGACUGCCCACAGCGGAAAGAACUCGAUCCGGGUCGACGGCGCUGGCGGGUACUGCGGCCACAUCUUCUUCGGCACGUCCCAGGUGCCGUCCGGCGAUCUCUACGUCAGGGUGUACCUCAAGGCGGCUAAUGCGCUCACCUCCUCGCACGUCACCUUCAUCACCAUGCCCGACCCGGCCCAGGGCACCAACAAGCACCUGCGGAUCGGCGGCCAGAGCCAGAUCCUGAUGUACAACCGCGAGUCCGACGACGCCACCCUUCCCGAUCUCUCGCCGCAGGGCAUCGCCAGCUCGACCGCCCUGCCUACGGGCAGCUGGCAGUGCUUCGAAUACCACAUCGGCACCGACGGCACCAUCGAGACCUGGCUCAACGGUGCCGCCAUCGCCGGCCUGGAGGCCGGGCCGGGCAUCAACAACCCCUACGCGGACCAGUGGGAGCGCAGCUCCAUCAAGCCCACGCCCGCGGGCGUCUACUUCGGCUGGGAGUCGUACGGCGGCGACACCAACACGUUCUGGUACGACGACAUCGUCAUCAGCUCGUCCCGCGUCGGUUGCUCCGGCUCGACCGGCACGUCUCCGCCGGCGACCACAACGACCCCGGGCGGCUCGACACCGCCGCCCGCGACUAGCACCACCACCUCCACUGCGCCCCCCGCGACCUCGAGCACGCCCAGCUGCACGGCCGCCCAUUGGGCGCAGUGUGGCGGCAUCGGCUACACCGGCUGCACGACGUGCGCCUCCCCGUAUACCUGCACGGCCCUUAACGACUACUAUUCGCAGUGCUUGUAAAAGCCGCUUGCCACAGCAAUCGAGUGGUAACUAGCCUCCGACAUAGAGCUUGAUUUGCUUCCUGUAAAUAGGUUCACCAAUAGCAUUGCAAAGCACAGUUUACACAAGGGUGAAGCGUUAGAAAGGGGCAAGUUGUUGAGCAAAACAGGACCAGAAGUCAACAGCAGACGCCAGAGCUUUCCCAUACCCUUACCCAUCUAGCAAAGGCCUUCGGCGGUUCUGGUCGCUCCGGAAAAGCCUCUCUAUCCCAGCCGUGGCCGUGACCGUGACCGUGACCGGGUACUCAAAGGGCAACUCACCCGUGAUGACAGUCGAGUACGCGG